UGAACGGUUCUCUUUAAAUUGUAUGUGAGAGAAUAAUCUUGAAGACAAACCUAAUACUUCCAUUUUGUAUUUGCAUUAACUGCAUCUGUUAAGCAACUUAAGCUAUAACCACUGACUACUUCUCACUGAGUUUAGAACAUGUCCAAUUACAGAGGAAGGAUGGCUUACUUGAAAUUUUUGUUGCUGAUAAUGAUUUCUGCUCAUAUCAGAUUGCAACAUGCUUUGAAGGAUCCUCCUUUCCACAUAGAGGAGUCAACCAUUCCACAAAUCCAAUCAGCAUUCAAGAAUGGCAGGCUUACCUCCACAAGGCUUGUGGAAUUCUAUCUCCACACUAUCAAAAAACUCAAUCCGAAACUCCAUGCUGUGAUUGAAGUGAAUCCUGAUGCUCUAUUACUGGCUGAAAAAGCUGAUGCAGAGAGGCUAAAAGCUGGAGGAUUCAUUGGUGGCCUUCAUGGAAUACCUGUGCUAGUAAAGGACAACAUUGCUUCCAAGGAUAAGCUCAAUACCACUUCAGGCUCAUUUGCUCUUUUGGGUUCACAAGUCCCAAGAGAUGCAGCUGUAGUAUCCAAGCUCAGGAAGGCUGGUGCCAUAAUACUGGGCAAGGCCAGCUUAAGUGAAUGGGCACAUUUCAUGGCAUAUAAUUCACCUAGUGGAUGGAGUGCAAGAGGUGGUCAAUGUAAGAAUCCAUAUGUUUUGACAGCUGAUCCUUGUGGUUCAAGCAGUGGAUCAGCAGUGGGAGUGGCAGCAAAUAUGGUAGCAGUAUCGUUGGGCACAGAAACAGAUGGUUCAAUUCUCUGUCCAUCUAGUUUUAACAGUGUAGUGGGAAUAAAACCUACAGUUGGGCUCACAAGCAGAGCAGGAGUCAUACCAGUCUCGCACAACCAAGAUACUGUGGGGCCCAUUUGCAGAACUGUUACAGAUGCAGUUUACCUACUAGAUGAGAUUGUUGGGUAUGAUGUGCGCGAUCACCAAGCCACAAAGAGUGCAGCCCGGUUUAUUCCAAGAGGUGGGUAUAAGCAAUUUCUCAAGACUGAUGGGCUACAGGGAAAGAGAUUGGGUAUUGUUCAAAGACAGUUUUUGCUGUCUGAAUCAUAUGCGGCAGUACACUUUGAGAAGCAUCUGACAACUAUGAGGCAAAAAGGUGCGACUUUAGUGAAAAAUCCUAUUUUUAAAGAUCUAUUGAAUAUAAGCAGCAACAUGGCAGAGAUAGUUCAAGGAUAUGAUUUUAAACAUGACCUAAAUAUCUACCUCUCAGAGCUCCUCCAGUCCCCUGUUCGCACAUUGGCUGACAUCAUAUCCUUCAAUAUACAGCAUGCUAAGCAGGAAGAGAUUUUGAAGUAUGGACAGUACUAUUUUCUCCUGGCUCAGAACACAACUGGCUUGGAGGCACAGCAAUAUAGAAUUGCUCUUAAAAGAGAUCACAUGCUAACAGUAAAUGGAAUAGACAAGCUCUUAGAAACAUAUAAACUCGAUGCUGUUGUGACCCUUGAUAUGUGGAUCUAUGAUGUCCUAGGCAUUGCAGGUUAUCCUGGUAUCUCUGUGCCUGCAGGUUACAAUAAAGCUGGUGUUCCCUUUGGCAUAUAUUUUGGUGGGAGAAGAGGUUCAGAGCCUACUCUCAUUGAGAUUGCCUAUGCAUUUGAACAAGCAACCAAAGUCAGGAAAAUUCCUUUAUUCAAGGAAUGAAUAGUCUCAUUAUACAUCCGACCAGAACAAUUUCGAUCUGUAGCUUCACAACUUUCCCUGAAGUGAAUGGAAUUAUCAUUUCUAAUUUCCUAAAUGCAAGUGCACAAGUUAGCAAACUGUGUAACUGUUGUUAAUUGCAUACAAGUUGCAGUAAAUUCUGCGUUUUGUAGAAAUUACUUUGAUAACCUUGCAGAUGGAUUUGUAGAAAUUAAAAUUAGGCAAAUAUUUGAAUCUCAAGUUACACGUUAUAUGGCGAUCUUAUGCAUUUGACCUACUAAAACUAAGCA